UGUANCAAAAAAUAAAUGUAUGUGAAAGUUAAUCACAGCUUGGUCAUGUACAUGUACAUUGUAUUAAAGCAGAAUAUGAUUGCUAUAUUAUGAGCAUAGGCAUUGAAGAAAUCUUGCACUUUCCUAAGUACUGCCUUGCAUUUAAUUAGCUUUGCCCAACAUGUAUGCAUGGUUGCAACAUUCUGAACAUGUUACAUGUACUUACACACAACUGUCAAUUUUUUUUUUUCAGUGUGGAUCCAACUGCCCCCGACUAUACAUACAACCAACCAAAAUUUAUUGUAUUUUACGAGAUACUUUUAAAGUUGUUCUUGCUCUUCUGCUUCAACUGCAAAGCUGAAAAUCCGCAAGUCACAAUGCGACAAAAUGGCACCAUGGUGACACUGAAGCAGCAGUGUGGCAAAUGUAAAGGCUUUGUUUGGAAUUCACAAAGUUACAUGCCUUAUUGCAAAUAUCCUGCAGGUAAUAUGCCGCUGAGUUUGGCGGUAUUGAUGGCUGGCGCCUCAAUAAGUAAGGUUUUGCUGUUAUUUCAUCACCUGGAACUGUGCUGCUACUCACCUCGUACCUUCUUCUCACACCAGCGGUCAUUCAUUUUCCCAACUGUCAUCCGCCACUGGGAGUUGUACAGAGCUAGCCUUGUUAGUAAGCUUAAGGACAUGAAAGAUGUGGUAUGGUCAGGAGAUGGGAGACUUGACUCCAUGGAACACUCGGCCAAGUACGGAGUUUACACAAUGUUCUCUACAAGCAAAAUGAAAGUGGUGCAUUUUGAACUUGUUCAGGUAUGAAAGCCAUUGACUUCAUGUCAUAAUUUUAGUACUACAAUUUUUCGACAACUGUUGUGCCAGUGAAUUGUAGUAGUAGUAGCAGUAGCAGAAGCAAUAGCCGCAGCGGUAAUGGUAAAGCUUUAUUAAGUGUCAAUUGUACCUGUCCAGCAUUAUUAUACUAAUUAGUGACACUGAUAUUAAAAAAUAAGACAAUCAUCAAUGCAAAAAAAACUGUUCAUGUUGUGGAAGAGUUUGAUUCUUUGUUAUCCUCUCAGUCUUUUCAGCCUUUUGAGGGGGUUGGGGGCGGGGUGUGCCAGAGCUGAGGUUCACAUUUCGCACUUUCAAAUGGUUAAGUUUAACAAAUUGACGUCAGUUUUUCAUGCGUCUGUACUGUUAUUGAUCAUGAAUUUCCACAUAACCUUGUCACUUUCGCUUGUUUACGCUCCUUGACGCAUCGCAUAAAUUAUAUAUUCAUGUGUCU